AUGGCCACCUCAAUUCUGCGCAUGCGCACGCUGCACGCCUCCCGCCAGGCCCGCUGCUUCAGCACCACCCGUCGCCAGUAUGCGGCCGAGGUGAAGCAGCUCGGUGUCAUCGGCGCCGGCCAAAUGGUAGCCGUCCCACAUGUUCCCAACGGUCUCGGAAUCGCUCUCGUCGCUGCGCAAAGAGCCAAUGUUCCCGUCACAAUCGUGGACGCGUCUGACAAGGCCCUGUCCAAGGGUCUUGCCUUUGCCGACAAGCUUCUCGCAAAGGACGUUGCCAAGGAGAGAAUCACAAAGGACCAGGCCACCGAGAUUCGCGCCCGCCUAACCGGCUCUACCAAGAUCGAGGACCUCGCCUCCGUCGACUUUGUCAUCGAGGCCGUCCCCGAGAUCCCCCAGCUCAAAUUUGACAUCUUCGCCAACCUCGCCAAGAUUUGCCCUUCCCACGCGAUUCUCGCCACCAACACCUCCUCCAUCUCCAUUACCAAGAUUGCCGCGGCCACCACCACCGAUCCCACCGACACCUCGGCCUCAUCCCGCGUCGUCUCCACCCACUUCAUGAACCCCGUCCCCAUCCAGAAGGGCGUCGAGAUUAUCAGUGGUCUCCAGACCAGCAAGGAGACCCUUGACACCGCUGUCGAGUUCUGCAAGAAGAUGGGCAAGGUCGCCUCCAUCUCCGCAGACACGCCCGGCUUCCUGGCCAACCGUAUCCUGAUGCCGUACAUCAACGAAGCGGUUAUCUGCCUUGAGACCCAGGUGGGCGACCGCGACUCUAUCGAUGCCAUCAUGAAGAACGGCACCAACGUCCCCAUGGGCCCUCUCCAGCUGGCCGACUUCAUUGGCCUCGACACCUGCCUUUCCAUAAUGAAGGUUCUCUACAACGAGACUGGUGACUCCAAAUACCGCCCCAGUGUGCUCCUUGGAAGGAUGGUUGACGCCGGCUGGCUUGGAAAGAAGAGCGGAAAGGGCUUCUAUGACUACUAA